AUGCUUUCUUUCCUUAUCCUCGCCAGCGUUGUCGCAGCACAGAGCGACGUUGCUUUCGACUACGUAAUAGCUGGAGCGGGCACGGCGGGUCUUGUUCUUGCGAAUCGACUAUCCGCGAACCCAAGCGUCAGCGUUGCAGUGAUCGAGCCUGGAGACGAUGUGCGCGCCGAUGCUGAUGUCCAGACCGUCGACUUUCUGUUCUCAAAGUUCAACGCAUCAAUCAACUACCAGUAUCCAUCUGUUACCUCGCCAGCUCUGGGCUCGCGUAACUUGACUUAUCGCGCCGGGAAGGCGUGGGGUGGGACAAGUACUGUCAAUGGCAUGGUAUACAUUCGCGGUGACAAAGCACAAUACGACGCUUGGGAGGAGCUCGGAAACCGGGGUUGGAACUGGAAUACGUUGUUCGCUUCGUACAAAAAAGGCGAGCAUUUUACUGUGCCGACACAAGCGCAGGUUGCCAGUGGUGUGACUUUCGAUGAAACUUUCCACGGCGAGACUGGGCCUCUGGAUAUUGGCUUUCCGUUCUCGUUGUCGAACAGUUCGUACUAUGCCAAGGCUCGCGCCACAUGGGACAAGUUGGGCGUGCAGUCGAUUGUUGACCUGAACGGCGGAACUCCACAUGGUUUUGUCACAGCCCCGAUGACCUUGGACCCGCAGGCUGCUGUGCGCGAGGAUUCCGCUCGUGCGUACUAUACCCCUGCAGAAUCUAGGAAGAAUCUCAAGAUCAUAAAGGGUACGGUCAAGAGGAUCACAUGGGGAAAAGACGCUGGGAUACUAGCUGUAGCUGAUGGCUUUGAAUACGUAAGCCCAUCAGGUACAUUGCUGAAGGUCAGGGCCAAGAAGGAGGUGAUCCUGUCUGCGAGCGCUUACAGAAAUCCUUUGAUAUUAGAGGGCUCGGGGAUAGGGAACCCAAAGAUUCUCAACAAGCUCGGCAUUCAGAUCAAGGUGAAGUUGCCAGGUGUUGGCGAAUCUUUGCAGGAUCACAACAUCGUUGCCAUGACUUACUCUCUCAAAGAGAAGUUCCUCGGUCGGAUUCCCUACGCAACAAUGCCCACGGUGCAUGAUGUGUUUGGGAACAACACCGCGUCCAUUGCGUCUUCUUCCCUUGAAAAGAUCAAAGAGUACGCUGAGCAACUCUCAACAACCUUCGACAAGGCCAUUCCUGCCAACGCAAUCGAGAAACGCUUCCGUGUACAACACGAUCUGAUCUUCAAAAAGAACGUGACAGUAGCGGAACUCUUCCCUACGAACACCGGAGACGCUAUUCUUGCGCAAUUCUGGACUUCGAUGCCAUUUUCGUGGGGUAAUGUUCAUCUUGGCUCGAAAGACGCUAUCAACGAUCCAGUCAUUGUUCCGAAUAUUAUGGCGACUGAUUUCGAUCUCGACAUGCUGACUGCAGUGGGGCGCCUUUCGCAGAAGGCCUUUGCGACAGCCCCUCUAAGCGACUUUAUUGCUGACAACUUAACGCCGGGGUAUGCGACAUUGCCGCUCAACGCGUCAGGUGAUCAAUGGGCGAGCUUUCUUCAAAAAAAUGUCCUGAACGCUUUGCAUGUGGUGGGCUCAUGCGCCAUGUUACCUGUUGAAUUGGGUGGUGUUGUAGACGAGAAGGUCAAGGUCCAUGGAACAAGGAACGUCCGGGUCGUCGAUGCAUCGGUUAUUCCAAGCCAGCUGAGUGGUCACACAAUGGCGCCGGUGUAUGGUGUCGCGGAGAUGGCUGCUGCGAUUAUCUUGGGAGGGAAGUAG